AUGCCCGUAGCCCGGCACAUGUGGACGCAGCUCACCGGGUGCCCCGGUACCUCAAAGCAGCUCCAGGUCAGGGUCUUUUUAUCCCAUCCUCUGGAUCUUUGCUGCUCACCGCAUACAGUGAUGCCGAUUGGGGUGGUUACCAGACCACCCGCCGUUCCACCACGGGUUACUACAUACAGCUGGAGGCGGCUCCUGUGUCUUGGCAAGCUAAGAAACAACGUGUAG